AUGAAUUCAUUCGCAACGGAUGCGCAAGAAAUAGAGCAAAUUAGAAAGGGCGUUUUUCAUUUGAGCACUUCAGAGGAGGUGGGCCGUUUUCUACACGAAUACGAAACCGUUAAAAAGCUAUCAGUGCCUGUUGAGAUACCAAACACCAUAAAGGCCAAGGAAAUAGUGUAUGCGGCCGCCGCUGCGCGAUCCAUGUCUGUGAUGGAAAUAGACGCGGAAGACAUACAGGACACGGCCUGCCUGGUUGAGCAGGUGCACAUCGAGGGGAAAAACAUUAUAAGAAGAGAGGGCGCGCUGGUCCGGGCAAUGCGGAAAGGGUGCUGGCUCAUUGUAAACUCAAAGGAGAAGGAAAACCCAGUGACAAACUACAUUGUUUCGGAGUACGAGACUGUCCCGGGGACAGCAGAGAAGCCUCACGCGGACUUCCAGCUGUUUAUAUUUUCGCGGGACUAUGCUGAGGGCUGCAGCCGGGGCGCUGCAUACACUAUGCAGAUGCAGGAGGGCGCCAAGCCGCGCGGAGAAAGAGAAAGCGCGCCCCAAGGCGCCCAGGCUGCACAGCCCAGCAAAGAAGGCCGCCUGUGCGCGCGCCUUGUUGCAGCGCUCAGCGAAGGCAGAAGCCAAAAGCACGGCUCGGCAGAGGAAGCCUUCCAGAGCGUUGUUUCUGCGGUGGUGUUUGCCAUCAAAAAGUUUGCGCAGCCGCACGAAGUAGACAACGUAGAAAAGUGCGUUGAGGAGGACGCGAAGACAUACUAUCUUCUGCAGAUGGCCAUGGAGAAAGUGCGCAUUGGCGGGAUUGCAGCGCACGAAAUGCCGCCCCUCCAGGUGCGUGCAAAGCUGUAUUUGAUUCUGCGCGAUGUUUUGCUGGCAGGCCUCAAGGCUGAAGAAAGAGAAGGAAAGGAGGCUCUGCUGCGGGACAUGCUGUGUGUCCGGGCAGAGGAGAUGUCGCCCCUCAUAAACGCGGCCGAGCACAUGGUGCGGGGCAUGCUGGGCGAGGAGCAGGAGUAUGUGCUCACCAAGCCUGCGAUUUCUCUGAUUCUCUUUGUUCUGCAGGGCCUUCCUGUUGCGAACUCUUUUCUUCUUGUGGGGGAAACCGGAACCGGAAAGACCACAACAGUGCAGAAAAUAUUUGAACGGCGCAAAGCACUUCUGCAAAUGCGAAGCCGGGAUGCAAGAAAGCUUUUGUGUGUAAAUCUGUCAAAAGACACGGACGUUUCAGACCUGCUGGGGUCGUACCAGUUUGCCACAUGCGAGCAGCUGGCUCUGCACAUAAACGACCUUGUGCAGGGCUACUUUGAGCUGUUCUUCGACGAGGAAAAAAACAACGAGUUUCUGACCGAAAUAGACCGGGCGGCGGAGGAGCGAAGAGUGGACGUGAUCGUGGACACUGCCGAAGACCUGUUGAGCAAGUUUUCGGAAAAGGAUGAGAAGGCGCCCACUCCUGCGAAGAAGAGCGUGAUACAGAAGCUUGCCAAGGCUCUUGACCUUUUGCGGAAAGUGCAGUCUGGCAUGCAGAACAUAUGCGUGUUUGUGGAGGGCCCGCUUGUGCGCGCCGCGCUGUACGGGUAUUGGAUACUGCUGGACGAGAGCAAUCUCGCGCCAAACUCUACGCUGCGGUACAUAAACACCGCAAUAAGCAGGGGCCAGCUCUCGGUGGUUGAAGACAGCGGCGCAGUUGUCCCCAUAGACCAAAGAACUGUUAUAUUUCAGUGCAUAAACCCCGGAGACGACCAUGGGAAAAAGAACAUUGAAAUGGACAGAACGCUUUGCCACUGGGUGGACGAGGUCGACCGGCACCCAGAAGACGUGCUGGCUGUGGCGCAAAGCUAUGGAAAGCACCACGCGGAGGCAGAUGUCCGAAAAGUUGUGCAGUUCUACACCGAGAUAAAAAGCAUGGCAGAGAAGAACGGCCUGCGCACAGGAAGCAACCGGCAGGCGCUCUUUGGGGUUAGAAAUCUGAUACGCGCUCUGAAGAUGCAAAACAUCCCCGUGGUGGAGGCCGUAAAGGUGAACUUCCUAACACAGCUGUGCAUAAAGCACAAGGUGCUCGGAAAGAAGCUGCUUGCCACAAUAUUUCCGGGCGCCUCGGCGGAGAAGAGAGGGGAGAUGCUCUCCACCUCUGAAUACAUCAUCACCCCGCAGGCCCGGGAGUACGUGGCUGAAAUCGAGUCUGCAAUAUCAACGGGCACUGCGGUUCUCCUAGAGGGCACCACGUCUGUCGGAAAAACGUCGCUCAUCAAGUACAUGGCGCAGAGCCGCGGCAGAAAAGUGGUGCGGAUAAACAACCACGAGCAUACGGACAUAACAGAGUAUCUGGGGACCUUUGGCGUGGCAUACGAGAGCAGUGCAGAAGAAGAGGAGGCGAGUGGCAGCGAAAAAAGCGAAAACCGUGCGGUGAAAAAGCAGCGCACAGACGCAAAGGCUGCAGAGAAAGGCGAGAACAGGAGAGGAUGCGAUUUUGUGUACAAAGAAGGCGCGCUUGUGAAGGCCGUCCGCGAGGGCCACUGGGUGCUGCUAGACGAGCUGAACCUUGCGCCAACCGAAGUUCUCGAGUCUCUGAACAGGCUUCUGGACAGCAACCGAGAGCUUUUCAUACCCGCCACGCAGCAGACUGUGCGAGCCCACCCGGACUUCGCGCUGUUUGCCUCCCAGAACCCGGCCGAGUCCACAGACUACAGAAACCGAAAGCAUCUUAGCAAGGCGUUCAGAAACAGGUUUAUAGAAAUAUACGUCGAGGAAAAGUGCAGAGAAGAGCUCGAAGCGGUUCUGCACGGAAUGCAUGCAGGAAAAGUCUAUGCGAAGGUGCUUCUGGACAUAUACGAGGCCUUGCGGAUUCUCACAUGCAACCGGUCCCACGAGUAUAUCACGCUCCGGGAGCUUAUGAAAAUCCUUACGCGCUUCAACCAGAAGGCGCAGGCCCCCUUCGUCGAAAAAGAAACGAAGGACGAGGAGCGCCUUUUCUACUACACAAUGCUUAUUCUCACAGAGAAGAUCCGGCACGCCGAGGAAAAAAGAAAAAUAGAGGACAUCAUCUGCGCGCAUUUUGAAAAAGUGUUCAAAACGCAGUUUACUGCCGAAAAGUACGUGGAGGCGCUUUCGGUGCCGCUGGAGGAGGACCCGCACGCGCCCUUGCUUACGCCGUGCGUGACAAGAACCCUGAGAAAGAUGGAGGCUGCCUGGGUUGGAGGAGAAAACAUUCUCCUGGUGGGCGCGCCAGGGAUAGGAAAGACCUAUCUUUCCGAGUAUAUGUCCCGAAGAAUGCAGACUCCGUGCACGGUUCUGGGGAUGCAUGCGGGGAUCGAGCUGUCCGACUUUGUGGGCGGAUACAGGGAAGAGGCCCGCACGGCGCAGAGCUCUAAAUGCAGCGAGGCGCUGGGCAGCCUGCCUAGGUUCACAUGGAGAGACGGGCCCCUGCUUGGAGAAAUGAAAAGAGGGGGCGCCCUGAUCAUCGACGAGAUAAACCUGGUCCCGGACUCGGUUCUUGAGUCUCUGAACGAGCUGUUUGACGACAGAAAGCUGCGGAUACACGAGACAGACCAGCACAUCGCGGCCAGGGAAACGUUCCGAAUCGUGGGCACAAUGAACCCGGGCGACGACUACGGAAAGAGAGAGGUUGGGAAAAGCAUAUCGACCCGGUUCACCACGAUCUAUGUGGACCCGAUCGAAAGCAACGAGGAGGCCGUUAAGUACUUUUUGUUCUAUGCGCAGAAGUACGGGCUCGCCGAGCAGUACAGCAAGUCUGAGCUGUACAGAGCCCUGCACAAGGGGGUUGCCCGCGCACACAUCCAGAUAGAAAGCGCCCGCGAGGCCGAGCUGCUGGCCAGAUAUGCCGCAAACUGCCCGCGCGAGGAGGCGCAGAAAAUCGACGAGGUUCUUCUCCAGGGAAUUGAGCUUGCUCGCCAGAUGCCUGUGCCUGCGCUGGGCCCUGUUGUAGACACGCCCGCGGCGUUUGGAAUCCACCCGUUCGUCCUGCAAAAGGGAAGCGGCGCUGCGUCUCUCCCGUCGUACACAUUUGAGCCGCCCUCGGUCAAGGAGACUCUGUACAGAAUUCUGCAGGCGCUGUUCUGCCGCUUCAACCUGCUUCUUGAGGGGCCGCCUGGGACAGGAAAAACAAAAAUUGUCGAAGAGGCAGGGCGCCGCCUGGGAAAGCGAGUCACUCGUGUAAACCUGAGCAGCGAAACCGAGAUGGCAGACCUAACCGGAAGAAACACGCCCACCGACCGCGGGAUUGUGUUUGUGGAGGGCGAGUUUGUCCGGGCUGUGGCCCGCGGGGACUGGAUUAUUGUGGAUGAAAUAAACCUGGCCACGCAGAGUGUGCUCGAGGGGCUGAACGGGUGUCUGGACUACAGAAGAAGGAUAUAUGUGCCCGAGCUGGGGCCUGUGGCGCUGCACCCCGAAACAGUUAUAUUCGCAACAAUGAACCCGAAAACGUCAAGAACAGACGGGCGAAAGCUUCUGCCAAAGUCCUUCCUUAGCCGGUUUGUGCGCGUGACGCGGGGCCCGUUUUCGGAAGAGGAUCUGAAAAUCAUCCUGGCGCAGGCGCCCACGCCGUGCAGCCCUGGAGAGGCCAAAGCGCUUGCUGAACAGCUCCUGCGGUGCCGGGAAACGUACAGCCUGAAUCUGAGAGACUGUCUGCGGCACAUGGCAAUCGGCUCGGCGCACUUGGUAAAGCACGUGCACGAGCCUCUAGAGGGCGCUUCCGAGGAGCCUCGCAAAAGCGUAGUGCAUGUUCCGCAGGGCACCGAGCUUGUGGCGUUCCCUGUGCACACCGCACAGGCCCAGCCCCACGGAAAGGCAAACACGCUGCCUGGCGUGGAAGUUCCAUACCUGGGAAGCGCAGAAGGGCUUCGCAUUGGGCAGGGGUUCCUGCAGUGUGACUUGUCGCGAGACCCAGAAUAUGUUAUCACACACGCCAGCAUUCCUGCGCUAGAAGCGCUGAUCCACGGCCUAAACAUGGCGUGGCCGUGCAUUGUGCGGGGGCCUGUUGGAAAGGGAAGAGCGGCCAGGUUUGUGGCCAGGAUAACAGGCCAGCAGAUAUGCACAGUUUCCUGCCACAAGGACAUGGAGCCGUCGGACUUCCUAGGCCGGUAUGUGAAGGCGGAGGACGAGGGCCCGUCGCCCUUUAUGUGGGAAGACUCCGCGUUUAUCCAAGCUGUUGAGCGGGGAGACCUGGUCCUUCUGAAAAACAUCAACCUGGUGAAGAACGAUGUAGUUGAUCGGCUGAACAGCCUGUUUGAAGUUGGCGGAGUCCUGGAAAUCCACGAAAAAGGAGGAGAUGAGCCGAGAAAGGUGAUCACCCAUCCCAAAACCCGGUUCAUUCUGACUCUUGCCGAAAGAGCAAAGGACCUCUCGCCCGCGCUUGUUAACAGGUCGAUCCAGGUGAUUCUUCCCAAAGAGCUUUCGUGCAUAGACAUUGCAAAAAUGCUUUUCUUGCACCCGUCCAGGAAGCAGUGCCCGCUUAGCACCAGCUCUUUGCACAAAGUGCCGUCGGGCUUGCUAAACGCCCACGUGCGCGCCAGGAAGGCGCUGGACUACAACACAGUUGGAGAAGGCGUGCUUCGCCCUCUUCUGCCCAGCGCGUCGGACCUGGAAAGAGAAAGCCCACUCCGAAACUUCAUAGUUGAGGAAGACGUGCUUGCGCAUCUGCAGAGCCUAAUGCAGGGCUCGCUGGACGCCCAGGUGCUUGGCAUCCUUUCGGACCGCACGGCCUCGCCCGAAAGCAUAUCGGAGAAGCUGCGCCUGCUUGUGCGCAGCCUCUCGGAGUCUGCGGUUGAGCCCCAUUUCCGGGCAAUAUACACGCACGCCGAGCUGUACGAAAGUCUGAAGAAAAAAUACGCUUUGUGCUCGGCCUUUGCGCAGAGAGCAAAAAGAGAACGAGGCGGCGAAAGCCCAAAGCCGGCGGGAGAAAGCCGCUCGCCGCAAGACGUUUUCAACAGACUGGUGGCCCUGCGCAACAGACUGGAGAGCGGAGAGAGCGCUCUGCGCGCAUACUUCGAGGCCAUGGACAUGCCUUUCCUGCCGCGGAAAGACGUCUCUCUGCGCAUGGCUAAAAUCAAAUUGAUGGAGUGCGCCUUUGCGCCAAAUAAAGGCACUUGGGGGACGCUGGGCGACCUUGCAAUCCUCCAGGAGGUGGCGCAGGUUUUGGACAGCCUGCCUGGCACGCUGGAAAAAACAAUCGCCGCGCUGGAGACAGAGCCGCCUGCGUACGACGCGCUGCAGGACCUCAUUACUGCAUGCCUCAAGUACGACAUUGAUCCGCUGGUGUUCCCAGAAAUAGAAAAAAUUGAGGAGGCCAGCCGGAUGAGUGUGCGCACGGCCGUGAAAAAGGUGAAGAGAAGCUACUACUUGUACAAGUACGGGGUUUCUCUCUGCUUUGCGCCGGAAAAGCCUGUGGAGGGCCUUGACACAGUGCAGAAAAAGAGAAAGGAGAGAAACUUCAAAAAGUUUGCAUACUAUUUGCAGGGCGUCAUAAAAGACGCUGUGCAUGCAGAGUACCCAGAGUCUCUGGCGUUCUCUCUGAUCAAAAGGGACAUGUCAAAGUACGAGGACCUCUGGGAGUGCUUUGCAUAUGCCUUGCUGAAGAGCGGAAUAGAAAGAAUAUCGAAGAAGGCGCAGAGCGUGCCGGUGUGCGAGUUUUCGAGAAGCAUGCUAGACGGGCUCAGCGGCGCCUGCUCUGCAGAGGCCGCGCUGGCAGCGGCGUGCAAAGCGCUCCAAAGGGAGGAACGGUCGUUUAUGUCUUUGACGCCUCUGCACUCCCAGGCUGUCCAGACAGCGUGGCGCCUUUUCUCCAAAGAAGUCGUGAGCCCCUCAGAAGUUCUUGCUCUUGCAGGAGUGCUGCUUGUGGAGCACAGUCUUUCAAGGCACGCCCCCGAUGACUACGCAGAGGGCACCGUGCAGUAUGCGCUGGAUGAGCAGAGCGACAAGAUUGUUUCGGCCACUGCUCUGCUUAAGCGCCGAGAGGUAGACCUGUCUGAAGCCGAGGGAAAGCACUCUCUGCACAAAAUCUCGGUGAGCCCGCGGGUCGUUGAGCUGGUGGACCAGACCCACCUUGAGGUAAAAAGGUCCAAGAACCUUGUGGGAGAAAGCAAGUUUGACUGGGGAGAAGACGACGGUGCCCGAGAGUAUCUGAUCGAGCGCAUCCAGGAGAUCAAAAAGUGCGCGCUCACAACGCCUGCGCAGAAAGUGGCUGCAGACUUAGACAAGCUGAACGUGGACGCAAUCCAUGCAAAAAUUAUGAGCACCCCGCUGAACACAGCCAGGCACACCAUAUACAGGGAGUACGCAGACAUCAAUUCGUACUGCCCAAAGAAGUACACCGAGAUAUAUGGGGGGUGGCUCCUGCAUCUGUUCAGCGCAAUUGCUGGGGAAGGCGCCAAGCAAGGCAUUUUGUAUGCAAUUGAAGAGUUCCUGCUGCAGUCUACAGUUGGGGACAUGGAGCAGCGGGCGGAGAUCAUCAGGCAAAUGGUGGCAAACGGGGGAGCGUAUGAGAUUCAGAACAUUCUGGUGUACUUCCUGCCAUACCUGGAGGCAGUGCGGCGGAAAAAAGAAAAGGUCGAAGAAGCUGUGUGCACAUGCCUGAAGGAGGUGCAGACGGCGCUCGACAUCAAGAUAAAGGUGUGCGGGGCCAUUGUUCCGGUGCGAGAGCAGUCCAUUCUGGCCAAGGCCCAAACCGCCCGAGAAACGCUUGAGAGCCUGCUCGCCCCAAUUGUUUCCAUGAUCAAGCCGCAGGUCUUCCACCGAAGCGUGCCUCUUACAUGCACGUGCGAGGACGAGGCGUGCUAUGUGUGCAUGGCCAAGGAGGUGGAGCGGCAGAAGCUGCUCCUGGAAAAGGAAAGCAUGAGCGUGAAGCUGCGCUCUCUCUACGUCCUCUUUGACAAGAUAUCUUUUAUGAUCCCCGAAAACGUUUCAAGAGUUGGCGUGGUUGGCGCAAUGGACUUCUAUCUGCACAAGUACACAGAGUGCGAGGCCGAGCACGUGGUUCUGGCUAAAAUCAUGCACCUGGGAAUAGCAGUCCUUAAGGUGGACCCUGUGCUCAAGUUCCAGCUGGCCACGCGCAUAUCCGACACCACGGUGCGGAUGCUUAACUACUCAAUGCACGCAGCGCCGGCGGAGUACCGGCUGAUUCUUGUGUCGCUGGGCCUGUUUUUUGAGCUCAUGUCGUUUGGGUUCUGCGGAGACACGGACGAAGACGGCCUCGAGGGCCUUAUUGAGGAGCUGGAGGAGGCCGGAAUGCGCCUGGGCGAGGGCGAGAAAAACAUCUCUGAGCAGCUGAAAAAAGAGGAAGAAGUUGGGGGCGACUACCAGGGAGAAAAGGACAUGCAAAGCGACGAGAUCGAGGAGGAGGACGGCGUUGACUGCGAGAACGCAGGCGAGGUGCAGGAAACUGCGGGCGCAGAGGACCGGCCAGACAUAGAGGUGGACAACGGGUCUGUUUCGGAAAACGAAGAGGGCUUCAACCAAAACAAGAAGGACGAGCCCGCUGAAAAAGACAGCGGCGAAGAGGAGGAGGGCGAAGGCGAGCCCGAAGACGGCAGCAGCGAAGUAGGCAGCGGCAGCGAAAACCAGGAAGAGCUGGAGGAAAUCAACCUUGAAAAGGAAGAGGACCAGGACAGCGCGGAGUCCCUCAAAGUCCAGGAAAUGGACAUGUGCGAGGAAGCUGGCGGCGAGUUUGACAAAGACAAUCUGGACGACGUGGAAGACUGCUCUCUGGGAGAGGAGUCUCUUGAGGCCAUUGACCUGAGCACAGGCGAAGAAAGCAGCGAAGAAGUCUCGAUUGAGAAAUACGAAAGCGAGGAGUACGCGGAAAACAUAAAGCAGUACGACUACGCAGAGAUUGAGGCAAACCCCGAGCAGCUGUUCAAGGAGAGCGAAGAGCACCCAGACGCAGAAAGAAUUGGCCACGAGGAGGGCGAAGGCGCAGAGCGGGAAAUUGCUGUGGAGAAGGGCGAAGAAAUGAACAAGGACGCUGAGGAUACGGAGUGCAACGAAGCCUACACAGGAGAGUACAGGGAAACGCCAGAAAGCGAGGAGGUGAAGAAGGCGCUGUUUGAGCGGCCGGCUGCAAAGUGUGUGAACCCCCUCGAGUACUACGAAAGCGUCAAGCACCGCACAAACCCCGAGCUCACCAAGCAGCUGAGCGUGGUGCUAGAGGAGAACGAAAAGUCUGCGUACGAGGGCGACUACGCCAGCGGGCGGCGGCUGAACAUGAAGAGGAUCAUAUCGUACAUUGCCAGCGACGGGCAGAAAAACAGAAUAUGGAUGCGAAAAACCAAGAACCAGGGAAGAGAGUACUUGAUCCGCAUAUUUGUGGACAACAGCGGAAGCAUAAAAAACUCGAGCAUUGUGGACUCGCUUAUCCGAAGCCUUUCGAGCAUAACAAACUCUUUGGAUCUGCUUGGCGUUCCUUUUGAGCUGUACACGUUCAGCUCUGCAGUGCAGCAGCACGCAGACACGCGGGGGCUUAUAGAAGGGCUGACGUUCAAGGCAAACGAGACCAGGGUCUCCUGGGUCUUUGAAGACGAGUACCGGUACGGGUACAACAUACUUAUCAGCGACGGGCUCUUCUAUGACGGCGCGCUGUCUCGGGGAAUGCUUUCCAACACGCUUUUGCUCAUAGUGGGCAGCGGCACAAUGAUUAAGGAGAUGCGAACGGUGAAGGCUGUUGUGGGCGAGGUGGUUAUUGGAAAAUACCUAGAAACCCUGGGAAUUCCUUACUGCAUAGUUGACGAGGAUAACUUGCUUGAGGUUGUCUUUUGCCGAGAGCUCAAGAACAUCCUGCAGCACGCAAAGAUGUCGGAAAACUAG